CUCUCCCCUUCUUUUUUUCCCCCCUCUCCCUCAACCACCGCAAACGCUUCAAGGUGGACGCGGAGCGCAAAAAGACCUUGCUUUUAAAAAUGCCCAUGGAGCUGACGCAAAGCCGCAUCCAGAAGAUUUGGCUUCCCAAUGACAACCGCCCGGCGCUGCCCCGCCGCUCCUGUGGGCCACAGCUUGCCAACUCUCCCACUGUGAUAGUGAUGGUUGGCCUCCCAGCCCGUGGGAAGACCUACAUCUCUAAGAAGCUGACUCGCUACCUCAACUGGAUAGGUGUCCCAACAAAAGUUUUCAAUGUGGGAGAGUAUCGCCGUGAGGCAGUGAAGCAUUACAGCUCGUAUGACUUCUUCCGCCCCGACAAUGAGGAGGCCAUGAAAGUCAGGAGGCAAUGUGCCAUGGCUGCCCUGAGGGAUGUCAAGCUGUACCUGACGGAGGAGGCUGGGCAGAUUGCGGUAUUUGAUGCCACCAAUACCACACGGGAGAGGAGAGGCAUGAUCCUAAACUUUGCCAAAGAAAAUGGAUUCAAGGUAUUCUUCAUUGAAUCUGUCUGCAAUGAUCCCACAGUAGUUGCCACCAAUGUUAUGGAAGUAAAAUUGUCCAGCCCUGAUUACCGGGACUGCAAUUCAACUGAUGCCAUGGAGGACUUCAUGAAGAGGAUUAACUGUUAUCAGGCCAGCUACCAGCCCCUCGACCCUGAUGAUUAUGAUCGGGAGCUUUCUCUCAUCAAAGUCAUCGAUGUUGGCCGGCGGUUCCUGGUCAACAGGGUUCAGGACCACAUCCAGAGCAGGAUUGUUUACUACCUGAUGAACAUCCAUGUCCAGCCUCGCACAAUUUAUCUGUGUCGGCAUGGUGAAAGUGAUUUCAACCUCAAGGGGAAGAUUGGAGGUGACUCUGGACUUUCCAACAGGGGCAAGAAGUUUGCACUGGCCCUGAACAAGUUUGUCGAGGAGCAGAACCUGAAGGACCUCAAAGUCUGGACCAGCCAACUAAAGAGGACAAUCCAAACUGCAGAAGCUCUCCAACUACCCUAUGAGCAGUGGAAAGCACUCAAUGAAAUUGAUGCUGGUGUGUGUGAAGAAAUGACAUAUGAAGAAAUCAGGGAGCAGCAUCCAGAGGAGUUUGCUUUACGUGAUCAGGAUAAAUAUUACUACCGCUAUCCUUCUGGGGAGUCCUACCAAGAUCUGGUGCAGCGCCUGGAGCCAGUCAUCAUGGAGCUGGAGAGACAAGAAAAUGUCCUUGUGAUCUGUCACCAGGCUGUCAUGCGCUGUCUCCUGGCAUACUUCCUGGACAAGAGUGCAGAUGAAAUGCCCUACUUGAAAUGUCCUCUUCACACAGUGCUGAAGCUGACCCCGAUGGCCUAUGGCUGCCGGGUGGAGUCCAUCUCGCUGAACAUUGAAGCUGUCAACACCCACAGGGAACGGCCAGAGGAAGCAAAGAAGGGACCUAACCCGCUCAUGAGACGUAAUAGCGUUACCCCUCUAGCAAGCCCAGAGCCCACCAAAAAACCUCGCAUCAACAGCUUUGAGGAGCAUGUGGCUGUUUCUUCUGCCCUGCCAGGCUGUGUUCCUCAGGAAGUGCCCACGCAGAUGCCGGGACAACCUUUACUAGGGAAGGCAUGCCUAAGACCUGUUUGUCACUUUCUCAAAGUUUUCUCUUUACUAAUAUUUCCAAGAACAUGAACACCUCGCAGAAGCCGUCGUGACUCCGUUGGCGCAGUGGCGGUGCCGCCGGCGACACCAGCUUCCCAUCCCAUCGCCAUUUCCAAAGCUUGCUUACAAACUGCUCUCCUCCGGCUGCGGUGAGGUCAACCCUCGGCUGUUUCCACCCACGCCCGUUCAUCUGCAAACAGCUCUGCUGAGAGGAGGAGGAGGGAAGAUGGAGAGCGCAGGAGGAGAGGGAGCGAGCCCUUUAUCGGGGUCACCACCGGCUCCUUAGGCUGCGGCGUUUGCUCUCCUCUCCGGAGCGUCCCGUUAGAUUGUAGCAAGCUGUAAAGUGCUUCUAGCACACAGGAGUUUAAUUUCCCUCUGUAAGUGGUUUUGAUCUCCUUUUGUAUAGAGAUGAUUGGUACCCAUCCAUCUCUGGGUGGGCUGUAUAUAUGUGGAUGGUGUGGGAUUAGCAGAGAUGUGUGGGGGGUGGGGAGGGGGAGGGAGGGGAUUGAAGAGGUUUUGCUUUUUCUUUUGUAAUUAUUAUUGUUGUUGUUAUGAAUUUCUUUUCAUGAGAGCCCCUAACACGCUGUGCUGGAGCUCUUUACCCGUGCUACAGCCUGUCACAACACGCACAGCCCAGCUCACUCCAGCCCAUGAGCCCCAGGAAGGCAGUUGUGUAAAGUCCUUCGCAUUGACAGCUACUGGGCUUAACCAGAAUAAACCUUGAGCCACCUUGAGAGGUUUUGCCUUUCAAAUAAACCCAUCUGAAAGGAGUUUGCAGAGAAUACAGGUUCUGCUUCUAAAACCAGUCAUGAGCUGCCUGUACUGCAGGGUGAGCCACGCUGCUGGUGGCCUCGGUGGUUCUUUAAUCUCGAGGAGUAUCCAGAGAUGCUUGGAGCUGAGGCAUGUGUCGCUUUCUGAGCAACGGUUGAGGUGGUGUGCUGGUAUUUCAAUCUCCCCUUUCCUCUGCCUUGGAGGAGAGUGGAGAUUCUGAGGAAGGGGUUUGAGUCCCUGUGUCGUUGCAGGUGGACAGGCUGAGUUUAGAUGCAUUUUGCAGCCACCCAGGUCUUGUGGAAGCGGUCAGAGAGCUGGCCAGGAUGCAGGCUUCCCUGUCUGGCUGCAAAAAGCCUCAAGAAGGGACAAUUUUGUCCGUGCUUUCUUUUUAUAUUUAAUAUAUAUAUAUAUACCUGCACACACACAUGGCUGUGUGUGUAUGUGUAUACCUAGAAACUGCUUGGUUUUUGCACUUUAUUUUGUGGCAGGAGCAGAACUAUUUUUUUUUAACUCAUGCCCCUUAACAGGGGAAGCCUGAAUGCAACUUUCCUCUUUUUGGGUUUUUUUUUUUUUGGUUAUUUUUAAACUUUAUUUUGCAUGCUGGAAAGCUGGGACUACAAAAAAAAACCAGUGGUUACAGCAUUCAAGGUGGGUGUGUUUGUGUGUGUGUGUGUGGGGGGGGAAAUGGGGCGAGGUCCUGGCUUACACUUCAUCAGCCAACUCCCACUGGUUUGAUAUGUGAGAUCCUUUCUUGGCAGCUUGUCCUGGGCUGCAAUAGAGAGGUUUGAAGUGGCAAUUAACCACUAUUGCUUUGUGUAGAAGUCUGUGGAUUUGGGAGCUGUAAUUUUUUUUCUUUAGUUUUGGGUUGUGGUUAUUCCCUCCCCCCCCCCACUUGUGUGCAUCAACUUCUUCAUCCUCACCUCAUGCUUUUUUGGCUGCAUGGCUGAGUAGCAGGCAGGAGGUGAAGGUAGCUAAGCCCUCCUGCAGUGCUAGGCUGAGAGAAUGGAGGUGGACAGCUCUUUGGUUGCAUCCUUCAUUGGCCUUUCCUAACCCCUCCAGUAGGAAGCAACAUCCCUGCAGAUGGGAGCAGAGAGGUCUGGGGAGAAAAGGCAACAGUGCUUUUCCCAAGAAAGGUUGGAUGAGUUGAUCCUUGAGGUCCCUUCCAACCUGUGCAGGUUUGGGGAGAAAUGACAAUCCUGCUUUUCCCAAGAAAGGUUGGAUGAGAUGAUCCUUGAGGUCCCUUCCAACCUGUGUAGGUUUGGGGAGAAAUGAUGACCCUGCUUUUCCCAAGAAAGGUUGGAUGAGAUGAUCCUUGAGGUCCCUUCCAACCUGUGUAGGUUUGGGGAGAAAUGACGACCCUGCUUUUCCCAAGAAAGGUUGGAUGAGAUGAUCCUUGAGGUCUCUUCCAACCUGUGUAGGUUUGGGGAGAAAUGACAACCCUGCUUUUCCCAAGAAAGGUUGGAUGAGAUGAUCCUUGAGGUCUCUUCCAACCUGUGUAGGUUUGGGGAGAAAUGACAACCCUGCUUUUCCCAAGAAAGGUUGGAUGAGAUGAUCCUUGAGGUCCCUUCCAACCUCUGUUCAAGGAUUCUAUGAUUGAUUUUUCCCCCCCCCCCCCUUUCCUCUUUGUGUUUUGGGUUUGUUUGGGGUUUUUUGGGAGUUGAUUUUGUUGUUGUUUGUUUUUCCUUUGGGAAAAGGUGAACCACAGUGCCUAGUGCUUCAGCCUCGUGCAUCCAAAGCGUGUGCUUGGAGCAGCACCAAAUGCGGGAGGGAACCUAGACCAUGCUCAGUCCAUAUCCAACCGGGCAAAGAUGGUCUUGGCAGUGCCCUGCCUGUGUGAGCUUGUGCAUAUGUGUAUUAUAGUCCUGUACAGAUGACACCAAGAACACUUCCCCCCCCCCCCCCUUUUUUUUUUCAUUGCUUUUUGUUUUGAAUAGCCAAAUUAAAAGCUGACAUCUGCCCUUCGAGUUUCUCUGACCCAGGGGAGGGGAAAGGCAGAAUGUUUUGGGAAGGCAAGUCACUUGUCUGUACUGCCCACUUCCUAGGCACUCUUAUCUUUCUCCUCCUGCUACCAAGAGAUAAGCCAGCAAAUGUAAACAUGACGUCUGGCUGCCCCAUGAUCAAUCCUGUACACAUGUAAUUCUGCAGGGUUUUUGUGGUGUGUAUUUUUUGGUGUGUGUAUAUAUAGAGAUAUAAAAAUAUAUACAUAUAAAUCAAGCAGGAAACAAAAAUAAUCAAACCCUCAAUGACCUUAAACUUUCUUCCUUUUGGAAUAAGAGAAGACAAGGCAACAAGAUGAAAUUUGAACCUGGCAAUGUUUGUUUUUUUUCCCCCCCAGUCUUUGCUUUCUGAGCAGCAAAGAGGUCCUCUCCUCCUGGAGAAGUUGGUUAAUAGGUGGGAUGGUUGUCAACUCUGCCAUCUCACUGCCCACUAACAGAGCCAAGGAUUGAGCAGCAAAGCUGAAGCCAGAGUGGGUGGGGAGAUGGGACUUGUCAAACCACAGCAAUGAUUUCUUCCCCCUCUCUUUUUUUUGUUUUCCUUUGUGAUACUUGAAUUUAUUUUUGUAUUAUUGGGUUGUUUUGGGUUUUUUUUUUGAUAGCAAAGCUCUCUUUUAUUUAUUUAAUGUACACUGCAAAGCUUGGAGAGAAGGGUAGUUUCUUGGGAUUUCUUGGUUUUCUUUUGGAUUUGUGGUAUGUUAACUGUUCUGUACAUACAUCUGGAAUAAUUGCCUGAUAUAAAGCUGUGCCAGCUUGAGGACAGGGUAUGCCUUUCAGAAAUUUGUAUAUUUUGCAGUUGCUGGACCAAUAAAAUACCUUGUUGAAAUACA